AUGAUCCAACGAUCAUCUAUUACUACUUUUCCUACUUCUAUUUCUACUACUACUGCUACUACUUCUACUAUUGCUUCUACCACUGCUUCUACUGCUACAACAAUCAUUAAUCAGUCAAAAUAUUCAUUAAAGAGAUCUAAAUUACGAAGAGAUCUAAAAUUAAAAUCACGAAGUAUUAGUACUAUCAAUAAUAGUAAUUUACAUGAUAACAGUAAUGAUGAUAACUGCAAUGAUAAUUUAUAUCAUAAUCCAAUAUAUGAUCUCGAUGAUUAUCAUUAUUUGCCAGUGAAGAAGUAUUUUUCCGUUGAUCAUUUCAAUCGAUUGCUUUUUAAAUCACCACAACAACAACGACUUGCAGCAAAAUAUCGAAAUUAUAAGAAAAAUGAACUGAUAAAUCAAUCACUCAACUAUUGCAAACUUAUUUCAAUGAAAACACAACCAAUUUCACCGCAAAAUAUUUAUUCACUUGAUUUAUCAUCCGAAAAUUUAAACGAAUUAAAAGCAAAUCAUCCAUUCGCAUUUUGUGUUUGGAAUUCAACGUUAAGACAAAAAGAUGAAUACGAGUCAUAUCGUUCCAUAAGACAACGUUUCGCUACAAUGAAUAAUAAUAACACAUGCAAUUGCUUCAGUAGCUCAAAUAAUGAUACUGAUAGUGAUAGCGAUAACGAUAACGACGAUAGUGAUGAUUAUGGUGAUGAUGAUGAUGAUAAUGAUGAGGAGAGGGAGAAGAAGGGGGAUGAUUUAAUUUUAUCAAAACAUCAAUAUUUUGAUAAGUCGGAGAUAUCGUGGUACAAUGAAAGCGAAAAUUGGAAUAGUAUUAUUAAUGAUAAUGAUAAUGAUAAUAAUAAUAAUCAUCAAUGGAUUAAAACACGUUAUGAAGAGACCCGAAUUGAUCGAGCUAAAUUUAUGGCAUCUGCUGCUGAAAAGCUUCUAACAGCAGAUCGUAACAUGAAGGAAGCACAGCGUUUCAAUAUUUCACAUUCAAGAAUUGGACGAACACGUAGUUUAUUUAACUUAUUUUUACCACGUAAAUUACUUUCGAUGGAAAUUAGCACGCCAAUAUUGAUUAGUAGUACAAAGUCAACGGAAUACUUACGAUGUUUACCAAAAGUGCAAGCAGUUGAUAAUCAUUUAAAUGACAACAGUGCAAUAAGUCAAUGUAAUGGAAAUGGUAGAAUUGUACAGACCAGAGAUACUAUCAAAGAGAUUUUAAAACAUCCUGGACCAUAUCCACAAAUUGUCUUACCUGCUGGUGGCGGUUAUUGGAUGGAUGGUGUAAGCAACUGUACCAUUAAUAUCGAUGAUGAUGUUGUUGGAUGUUGUUCGGCGACAAGUAGUUGUGCUCGAUCAAAAUUAGAAACUGAUGACACGUCGCAUUGCUAUAGGCGACAUUUCGUUGGCAGGGAGCAUCAUGAUUUCUAUGCAAUUGAUAACAAACUAGGACCACUGAUAUUAUCAGCACGAACGGAGCUAAUCUCAUCACAGGAACAUUUUAGGAUUAUUUUACGAACUGGACAUGGAACUGUACAUGAAAUUGUCCCUGCUUCUGCUCUAGCAGAUCGACCAACUGCAAGUCGUAUGGCACGACUAUUAUGUGAUGAAGUAACCACGGAUCGAUUUAGUCCAGUGGCAUUCCCGGGUGGUACAGAAAUGAUUUUAAAAUAUGAUGAGCAUGUUUUAACAAACACUUACAAAUUUGGUGUUAUUUAUCAACGAUUCGGGCAGACUACCGAAGAAGAGCUUUUUGGAAAUGCUACAUAUUCAAGUGCUUUUGAUGAAUUUUUAAAUAUUAUUGGUGAACGAAUAGAACUCAGGGAUUUUAAGGGUUAUCGUGGUGGCUUAGAUACACAACAUGGUCAGACAGGUAUCGAAUCUGUUUACUGUCAAUUUCGACAACGUGAAAUUAUGUUUCAUAUAUCUACCAUGUUACCGUAUACAGCUGGUGACACUCAACAAUUACAACGUAAACGACAUAUUGGAAAUGAUAUUGUUGCUAUCGUUUUUCAGGAAGAGAAUACACCAUUUUCUGCUGAUAUGAUAGCAAGUAAUUUUUUGCAUGCUUUUAUUGUUGUUCAACCUAUCGAUUCAUGCACUGAAAAAGUUCGCUAUCGUGUAUCUGUAACAGCACGUGAUGAUGUCCCGUUUUUUGGACCUACUCUUCCGGCACCAUCUAUUUUCCGGAAAGGUCAAGAAUUUCGCAAUUUCUUGCUUACAAAAUUAAUCAAUGCUGAAAAUGCUGCUUAUAAAUCGACAAAAUUUGCCAAACUUGCUGAACGAACACGUUCAUCGUUAUUAGAGGCGCUAUAUGGUAAUUUAAAAGAACGAGCACAAUUUUACGGUUUACCGUUAUUGGAAACAACAGAUAAUAUUUCACAUCCAACCGGAAUUUUUCAUUCCGUUAAAAAAGCAUUAGCCGGAAGGUCACGAUCAGUUUCUCAAGAUGUCUCAGUGUCAUCAUCCAUACAACAUCCAACAACAGUGACCAUUUUAAAUAGUCCAAAAAGUGCCAAACGAAAAUCAUACAACGGUGGUGGCGGUGAAUCAAUUUCCAGAAGUUCAACCACAUCAACGAGUGGUGCUGGAAGUAGCAUUCAACAACGAAAUUCUUCCAAUGAUUUUAAAAAAUCAUUGCAAGUGCAUUAUCAUGAAACAGACGAAGCAUAUGGUAGUCGUGGUGAUAAUUCAUCUGGAUUAUUCUUGUCAAUUCCAUCGCAAAAUGCUGCUUUGAAAAUUGGCGAUUUGUGUAAGCACAAUCAUGGUGAAUGGGAUUUAUCAAGUGGUGAGAAUGAAAGUACUGAAAUGGGACAUGAUUCGGAUACCGGAUUGGAAUCAUUAUCAUCCACUGAAGUAGUACAUUCAAAUCGUACACCAUGCAGUUUCUGCAUUGAUCGUCAAACACCUUUACGAGAGGAAGAAGUAAAACGUCUCAAUGAACUUCUUAAUGACGUAGAAAAAUUACGAACAGAACGAAUGGAUUUAUUACGUCAAAAUGUUACUUGUAAAACAGAUAUUAAAAAAUUGAAAGAACGACAAUCAAUAUUAGCUGGUGAUUUGGAUAAAGCAAAUGAAGAAAUUGCAAGAUUACGUAAAAUAUUACGUCGAUCAUUGCCAAAUGAAAAUUCUAAUGAAAUUAAUCAACAAAAUCAUACUGAUCAUACAUUUACUACCACUAUUGUUACUCCUACUCCUACUCCUACUCCUAUUAUCAUAACAACUACUACUACCUAA